GGCGCCCUGGCACGCUCUCUAGCUUGUGCAACUUGUCCUAUUGAGCUUGCGAGGAAACUUUUGUAUUGUGACUUCGUUCCUUUUUACACAGUCAUCGUCCGCUUUGCUUUGCUUAGCGAUCGCUUCCUAUCAGCAAGCCUGAUAAUGCUCACGCUCUCCUCUGCAAAACCCGUGCUUCUGCGAGAAGGUCCCGAAAUGAAGGAGUUCGUGGAUUAUCUCGACUCUCUGAAGAACUACGAGAAAUGGGGGGUGCCCAGAGGAGCAGGCACGGAUUCCUGCCAAGGGUUCGAUCUUGGUAGAAUGAGAAGACUAAUGGAGCGGUUCGGUAACCCUCAGUCUAAAUUCAAGGCCGUCCAUAUUGCCGGGACCAAGGGAAAAGGAUCAACGGCUGCGUUCAUUUCUAAUAUUCUGAGGACAGAAGGCUAUUCUGUUGGGUGUUAUACUAGCCCACAUAUCCAGACUAUAAGGGAACGCAUUUUACUUGGAAGAUCUGGCGAUCCUGUUCCAGCGAAAAUACUGAAUUGUCUUUUUCGCAGGAUCAAGCAGAAUCUUGACCAAGCAAUGAGUGAGGAAAAUGGUUGCUUAAGUCAUUUUGAGGUUUUCACUGCCAUAGCAUUCAUCCUAUUUGCUGAAGAGAAGGUUGACAUUGCAGUUAUUGAGGCCGGGUUGGGAGGUGCACGUGAUGCAACUAAUAUUAUAUCCCCCUCUGGACUUGCUGCAUCAGUCAUAACCACUGUAGGUGAGGAGCAUUUGGCUGCUCUUGGGGGUUCUUUGGAAACUAUUGCGGUAGCUAAGUCAGGAAUCAUAAAACAAGGCCGUCCACUGGUGCUUGGUGGGCCAUUUCUCCCUCAUAUUGAGCACAUUAUUCGCCAUAGAGCAGCAUCCCUAGACUCACCAGUAGUGUCAGCAUCUGAUGCCGGGAAUAGAUGUUCCAUAAGAAGUAUUGGCAUGCUUGAUGGCAGACCUUGCCAAUCCUGUGAUAUAGCAAUAAAAGUUGAAAAAGACUUGGAGCUGUCCUGUGACUUACUUGAUCUGAAGCUACAUCUGCUUGGAAGUCACCAACUGCAGAAUGCAGCAACUGCUACUUGUGUGGCACUUUGUCUUCGUAAUUUAGGAUGGAGAAUUUCUGACAAGUCUAUAAGGGCUGGUUUAGAGCAUACAUGCCUUCUUGGAAGGAGUCAAUUCCUAACUAAUGAAGAAGCUGGAGUGUUAGGACUUACUGGAGCAACAAUAUUGCUUGAUGGAGCCCAUACCAAAGAAUCUGCCAAGGCACUGAUGAACACAAUAAGGAUGGCUUAUCCAGAGGCUCGAUUGGGUUUUAUUGUUGCUAUGGCAAGUGACAAAGACCAUGUAGGUUUCGCCAAAGAGAUUCUCUCAGGGGAGCAUGUAGAGGCCGUUGUGUUGACUGAAGCCGUGAUCGCCGGAGGUGUAACUCGGAUGACGUCGGCUGAGUGUUUGAAAGAUUCUUGGAUUCGAGCUUCUGAAGAACUUGGCGUUGAAACUGUUCACGACGCAGAAUUGAUCGAGGAUGAAACGGCCCCUUGCGCGAGGGAUUUACAUGAUCACAGAACUGUGUUGGCUACUGAGGGCUGUUUAGAGAGUUGUUUGAGAACCACAGAGAAGAUUUUAAGAAGAAAUAAAGGGGUUGAGAGGGGUAUCAUUGUCAUCACAGGGUCUCUGCAUAUUGUUUCCUCAGUUAUAGCUCGUCUCGGAGGUGAAGGCUAUUUACAGUGAAGCUGUUCGCGUAUUUCCUCUACUGGAUGUCGUCGUCUCAGUUGGCAGUCAACCUUUGUUUUCCCCCUCAUGGAGCACUGCUAAUCUGUAGCUAGCAAUCAACCUUUAUUUUUAUAAGUUACAAUCAAGUGUUUUUAAAUUAUGUCUAGGGUCUUCAGAAGAAAUAAUUUUCCUCAAAUAAACAGUUAGUACUAGUAUCUAACAAAUUCCCAAAAAUAAAAAUGCCCAGCCACAUAUGUGAGUAUUCGACGUCGGCUA